AUGGCUUCACUGCCGCCGCCCCCUCCUCCUGGAUGGGGCGCAUCCUCCUCAAUGCCGUUGGCGCCGCCCCCGCCCGGCUACCAGCCACCGGCCGACCCCAAUGUCGCCAAAUUUUCACAAAAGAAGAAUGAGUGGCUCCGAACGCAACGCAAUCGAUUCGCGGAGAAGCGCAAAGGGGGAUUUGUUGAAACACAAAAGGCGGAUAUGCCCCCCGAGCAUUUGCGAAAAAUUGUACGGGAUAUCGGCGAUGUCUCGCAGAAGAAAUUCACCAACGAGAAGCGUAGCUACCUUGGCGCGCUGAAGUUCAUGCCCCAUGCCGUUUUGAAGCUCCUGGAGAACAUGCCAAUGCCUUGGGAGUCAGCGAGAGAGGUCAAGGUGCUCUACCACGUCAACGGCUGCCUGACCCUGGUCAAUGAGACACCGCGUGUCAUCGAGCCUGUCUUCCACGCCCAGUGGGCCACGAUGUGGAUGUGCAUGCGUCGCGAAAAGAGUGAUCGUAGACACUUCAAGCGCAUGCGAUUCCCCCCAUUCGACGACGAGGAACCGCCUCUAUCUUGGUCCGAGAACAUUGAAGACGUCGAGCCCUUGGAGCCCAUUCAAAUGGAGCUGGACGAGGAGGAAGACGCGGCCGUCUACGAAUGGCUUUACGACCACCGCCCUCUUCUCGAUACCCCCCAUGUCAAUGGUCCAAGCUACAAGAGCUGGAACUUGUCUCUCCCGCAGAUGGCCACUCUUCAUCGUCUCAGUCACCAAAUUCUGAGUGAUGUCGUCGACCAAAACUACUACCACAUGUUCGACCUAAACAGCUUCUUCACUGCAAAGGCUCUCAACGUUGCAAUUCCCGGUGGCCCCCGUUUCGAGCCCUUGUACAAGGAUAUCGAUCCCAACGACGAAGACUUCAGCGAGUUCAACGCCAUCGACCGCAUCAUCUUCCGUGCCCCCAUCCGAACCGAAUACCGAGUCACCUUCCCAUUCCUGUACAAUACCCUCCCCCGCAGUGUCAAGGUAGCUUGGUACUCUCAUCCUCAGGUGGUCUAUGUCCGCACCGAGGACCCUAACUUGCCCGCCUUCUACUUCGACCCCGUCAUUAAUCCCAUCUCCUCCCGAUCCGUCGCCCCGAAGAAUAUCACCGUGAGCCACGAAGAUGAGAUCUUCGGCCCCGGAAAUAAUGAAGACGAUGACUUUGAACUUCCCGGUGAAGUCGAGCCUUUCUUCGAAGACGAAGACCUUUACACGCCUGAUACUGCCUCAGCCAUUGCUCUGUGGUGGGCGCCCCAUCCCUUCGAUAAGAGAUCCGGCAAGAUGGUCCGUGCACAGGACGUCCCGCUGGUCAAGCAGUGGUAUCUGGAGCAUUGUCCCCAGGGCCAGCCGGUCAAGGUCCGUGUCUCGUACCAGAAACUGCUCAAGACCUUCGUUCUCAACGAGCUGCACAAGAGUACCCCGAAGGCUCAGAGCAAACAAAACCUAAUGAAGACUCUGAAAACAACCAAGUUCUUCCAACAAACAACAAUCGACUGGGUCGAGGCCGGUUUGCAGGUUUGUCGCCAGGGCUUCAACAUGCUCAACCUCCUGAUCCACCGCAAGAACUUGACGUAUCUCCACCUUGACUAUAACUUCAAUUUGAAGCCAGUCAAGACAUUGACCACCAAGGAGCGCAAGAAGUCUCGUUUCGGAAAUGCUUUCCACCUGAUGCGUGAAAUUCUUCGUUUGACCAAGCUUAUCGUAGACGCCCAAGUCCAAUACCGUUUGGGCAACAUUGAUGCCUUCCAACUGGCAGAUGGUAUCUUGUACGCCUUCAACCAUGUCGGUCAGCUCACUGGUAUGUAUCGGUACAAGUACAAGCUUAUGCACCAGAUUCGUUCGUGCAAAGACCUGAAGCACUUGAUCUACUACCGAUUCAAUUCCGGCCCCGUGGGUAAGGGACCUGGUUGUGGAUUCUGGGCCCCUGCUUGGCGCGUGUGGCUCUUCUUUAUGCGGGGUAUCAUUCCCCUACUAGAGCGCUGGCUAGGAAACUUGCUCUCUCGUCAAUUCGAGGGUCGUCAUAGCAAGGGUGUAGCCAAGACUGUCACCAAGCAGCGCGUCGAGUCCCACUUUGAUCUUGAACUGCGUGCCUCGGUCAUGUCUGACUUGAUGGACAUGAUGCCCGAGGGUAUCAAGCAGAACAAGGUCAACGUUGUCCUGCAACAUUUGUCUGAAGCCUGGAGAUGCUGGAAGAGUAACAUCCCUUGGAAGGUUCCCGGCCUGCCCGCACCAAUUGAGAAUAUCAUUCUUCGCUAUGUGAAGAGCAAGGCUGAUUGGUGGAUCUCUGUUGCACACUACAACCGAGAGAGAAUUCGUCGUGGUGCCACGGUCGACAAGACUGUUGCUAAGAAGAACCUGGGUCGUCUCACCCGUCUGUGGCUCAAGUCUGAACAAGAGCGUCAACAUAACUAUUUGAAGGAUGGACCUUACGUUUCUUCUGAGGAAGCGGUUGCGAUCUACACCACAAUGGUCCAUUGGUUGGAGUCUCGCAAGUUCUCUCCGAUUCCAUUCCCCAGUGUUUCUUACAAGCACGAUACCAAGAUUCUGAUCCUCGCACUGGAGCGUUUACGGGAGUCAUAUUCCGUGAAAGGAAGAUUGAACCAGAGUCAACGCGAGGAAUUGGCCCUCAUUGAACAGGCUUACGAUUCCCCCGGCACGACCCUUGCCAGAAUCAAGCGUUUCCUUCUUACCCAGCGGGCUUUCAAGGAAGUCAAGAUUGACAUGAACGAUAACUACAACAACAUCAAUCCUGUCUAUGAUAUUGAGCCCAUUGAGAAGAUCACCGAUGCUUAUCUGGAUCAGUACCUCUGGUACCAAGCGGAGCAGCGCCACCUCUUCCCUGCCUGGAUCAAGCCCUCUGACUCUGAGGUUCCUCCUCUUCUCACUUACAAGUGGACACAGGGAAUCAACAACCUGUCAAAUGUGUGGGAGACCUCAGAAGGUGAAACUAACGUGAUGAUUGAGACCGAGUUGUCGAAAGUUUAUGAGAAGAUUGAUCUUACUCUUCUCAACCGCUUGCUUCGGUUGAUCAUGGACCACAACUUGGCUGACUACAUCACCUCGAAGAACAACGUCCAGCUAAGCUACAAGGACAUGAACCACACUAACAGCUACGGUUUGAUUCGCGGCCUCCAAUUCUCUGGUUUCGUCUUCCAAUACUACGGUCUGAUGAUCGACCUCUUGCUGCUUGGCUUGCAGCGGGCCAGCGAAAUGGCCGGCCCUCCUGGCAGCCCCAACGACUUCCUGCAGUUCAGAGACCGCGCUGCGGAGACAAGGCACCCCAUUCGCCUUUAUACCCGUUACGUCGACAAGAUCUGGGUCUUCUUCCGAUUCCAGGUGGAUGAUUCACGUGACCUCAUCCAGCGCUUCUUGACCGAGAACCCAGACCCUAACUUUGAGAAUGUGAUUGGAUAUAAGAACAAGAAGUGCUGGCCUCGCGAUUGCCGCAUGCGCUUGAUGCGUCACGAUGUCAACCUUGGCCGUGCUGUCUUCUGGGACAUGAAGAACCGUCUUCCCCGAUCAAUCACUACCAUCGACUGGGAUGACACAUUCGCCAGCGUGUACAGCAAGGACAACCCCAACCUGCUGUUCUCAAUGAAUGGUUUUGAAGUCAGAAUCCUGCCAAAGAUCCGAAACAUGAACGAGGAAUUCUCUGUCAAGGACAGUGUCUGGUCUCUGGUUGACAACGCGACCAAGGAACGCACUGCACAUGCUUUCUUGCAGGUUACCGAAGAGGAUGUUCAAAAGUUCAACAACCGUAUCCGUCAAAUCCUCAUGUCUUCCGGCUCCACCACAUUCACGAAGAUUGCCAACAAGUGGAACACUGCUCUGAUUGCACUCUUCACCUACUACCGUGAGGCUGCUGUCUCUACUGUCAACCUUCUUGACACCAUCGUGAAGUGUGAAACCAAGAUCCAGACUCGUGUCAAGAUCGGCCUCAACUCCAAGAUGCCUUCUCGUUUCCCUCCAGCAGUCUUCUACACCCCCAAGGAAUUGGGAGGAUUGGGUAUGAUCUCAGGAUCUCACAUUCUGAUCCCCACCAGCGACAAGCGCUGGUCCAAGCAAACCGACACUGGUAUCACCCACUUCCGUGCGGGUAUGUCCCACGACGAAGAAACCUUAAUUCCUAACAUCUUCCGUUACAUCAUCCCCUGGGAAGCCGAGUUCAUCGAUUCCCAGCGUGUGUGGAUGGAAUACUCGCAGAAGCGUAUGGAGGCUCAGCAGCAGAACCGCCGACUGACCCUGGAGGAUUUGGAGGACAGCUGGGACCGAGGUCUUCCUCGUAUCAACACCCUCUUCCAGAAAGACCGAAGCACACUCAGCUUCGACAAGGGCUUCCGACUUCGCGCCGAGUUCAAGCAAUACCAGCUGAUGAAGAGCAACCCCUUCUGGUGGACUAGUCAGCGACACGAUGGUAAACUUUGGAACCUCAACGCCUACCGCACUGACGUCAUCCAAGCUUUGGGUGGUGUGGAAACUAUUUUGGAACACACCUUGUUCAAGGCCACAGCCUUCCCAUCAUGGGAGGGUCUCUUCUGGGAACGUGCUUCAGGCUUCGAAGAGAGCAUGAAGUUUAAGAAGCUCACGAAUGCCCAAAGAUCCGGUCUGAAUCAAAUUCCCAACCGCCGCUUCACCCUGUGGUGGUCCCCUACCAUCAACCGAGCCAACGUGUACGUCGGUUUCCAGGUCCAACUAGAUCUGACUGGUAUCUUCUUGCACGGCAAGAUCCCGACCCUGAAGAUCUCAUUGAUUCAAAUUUUCCGUGCUCACCUGUGGCAGAAGAUUCACGAAUCAGUGGUCAUGGAUCUGUGUCAAGUCUUGGACCAAGAAUUGGAACAGCUCGGUAUCGAAGCUGUUCAGAAGGAGACUAUCCAUCCACGUAAGUCUUACAAGAUGAACAGCUCCUGUGCGGAUAUUCUUCUCUUUGCGACGAACAAAUGGAACGUCACCCGGCCCUCAUUGGUGUUUGAUACCAAGGAUGUUUAUGAACCGACCACGACAAACAAAUUCUGGCUUGAUGUUCAGCUCAGAUACGGUGAUUACGACUCCCACGACAUUGAGCGAUACGUUCGGGCCAAGUACCUCGACUACACCACUGACAGCAUGAGUAUCUACCCCUCUGCUACCGGUUUGAUGAUUGGUGUCGAUCUUGCCUACAACCUGUUCUCGGCCUAUGGACAGUACUUCCCAGGCCUCAAGACCUUGAUCCAACAGGCCAUGGCUAAGAUUAUGAAGGCAAACCCAGCCUUGUAUGUCUUGCGUGAGCGUAUUCGCAAGGGUUUGCAGCUGUACGCGUCUGAGAGCAACCAGGAGUUCCUUAACUCCCAGAACUACUCUGAGCUUUUCAGCCCGCAGAUCCAGCUUUUCAUUGAUGAUACCAACGUUUACCGUGUCACUAUUCACAAGACAUUCGAAGGUAACUUGACGACCAAGCCAAUCAACGGUGCAAUCUUCAUUUUCAAUCCUCGCACUGGACAGUUGUUCCUGAAGAUCAUCCAUACCAGUGUCUGGGCAGGCCAAAAGCGUCUGGGUCAGCUGGCCAAGUGGAAGACGGCCGAAGAAGUUGCUGCUCUUAUCCGAUCGCUACCCGUGGAAGAGCAGCCGAAGCAGCUUAUUGUCACCCGCAAGGGUCUUCUUGAUCCUCUUGAGGUGCACUUGCUUGACUUCCCUAACAUUUCCAUCCGUGCUUCCGAGCUUCAGUUGCCCUUCCAGGCUGCCAUGAAGGUUGAAAAGCUUGCCGACAUGAUCCUUCGCGCCACUGAGCCUCAGAUGGUGCUGUUCAACUUGUACGACGAGUGGCUCAAGUCAAUCUCCCCCUACACUGCCUUCUCUCGACUCAUCCUCAUUCUUCGAGCUCUUCACGUCAACAUUGACAAAGCCAAGAUCAUUCUUCGUCCUGACAAGACUGUCAUCACCCAAGAACACCAUAUCUGGCCCUCUCUCUCCGACGAGGAUUGGAUCAAGGUUGAAGUGCAGUUGCGUGAUCUCAUCUUGAACGACUAUGGAAAGAAGAACAACGUCAAUGUGCAGAGCUUGACCAGCAGUGAAGUCCGUGACAUCAUCUUGGGUAUGGAGAUCAGUGCUCCUUCUCUGCAGCGCCAGCAGGCAGCCGAGAUCGAGAAGCAACAAGAGGAACAGAAGCAACUUACUGCCGUUACGACCAAGACCCAGAACGCUCGUGGUGAGGACAUCAUCGUCACCACGACGUCUCAGUACGAGCAGCAAUCGUUUGCCUCCAAGACGGAGUGGCGUACUCGAGCAAUCGCGACCUCUAACCUGCGGACGAGGUCUAACAACAUAUAUGUGUCUUCUGAUGAUAUUCGCGACGAGGGUUUCACUUACAUUAUGCCCAAGAAUGUCCUCAAGCGAUUCAUCACCAUCGCCGAUCUCCGGGUCCAGGUUACGGGUUACAUCUACGGUAGCUCUCCACCGGACAAUGACCAGGUCAAGGAAGUUCGCACCAUUGUCAUGAUCCCCCAGGUCGGAAAUACCCGGGACGUUCAACUGCCACACCAACUGCCGCAGCAUGACUAUCUCCAAAACCUGGAGCCCCUGGGUGUCAUCCACACAGUGUCCGGCAACGAGCCGCCGUACAUGUCGGCGGCAGAUGUCACACAUCACGCACGACUGAUGAACGCGCAUCCUUCGUGGGAUAAGAAGACCGUGACCAUGACGGUCUCUUUCACCCCUGGAUCCGUUUCACUUUCCGCCUGGGGUCUCACUCCUUCGGGUUACAAGUGGGGUGCGGAGAACAAGGAUACCACGUCGGACCAGCCACAAGGCUUUUCGACCAACAUGGGAGAGAAGUGUCAGCUGUUGCUCAGCGACAAGAUCCGCGGCUAUUUCCUUGUCCCCGAGGAUAAUGUGUGGAACUAUAGCUUCAUGGGCAGCUCCUUCGGUAGUGUGGAGAAGCGGCCUAUCUAUGUCAAGAUUGACACCCCGCUCAAGUUCUACGACGACCAACACCGACCCCUCCACUUCCAGAACUUUGCCGAGUUGGAGGACAUUUGGGUUGACCGGGCUGACAACUUUGCCUAA